AUGACGUACACCACUCAGGUCAUGUACCCCAACGAGCCCGAUACGGAGUUCAACGACACAUACUAUCUUGAGACACAUAUGCCCCUGGUCGAAAGAAACUGGAAGAAAUAUGGGUUGAUAAGCUGGUUUAUAAAGAAAUACACUGCAGCUUUUGAUGGGUCGGAGCCGAAGUACUCAAUUGCUACGACUAUGGAGUGGGAGAGUGCUGAAUCCUUCCAAGCUGCUUUAAAGGGCCCGGAAUCUCCUGAGAUAUUCAAGGAUAUCCCUAACUUCACCAACAAGCAGCCUAUUACUCUUGGAGGGAGUUCUCUCUGA